UGUGUGUGUGUCUGUGUGUGUCGCCGUGGUUGCUGGAGACCAUCCCAUAAUGCUUUGCAGGUGUUCAUUUGACUGAGGUGGUCAUUAGCCUUGCUUCAGGCUCUAUAGCACACAAAGACAACAAAGGUUAUGUGUGUGUGUGUGUGUGUGUGUGUAUGUGUGUGUGUGCGUGUGUGUGUGUGUGUGUGGGUGUGUGUGUGUGUUUCUAGUCUGCCUCACAGUCAGGAGAUGCAAGUUAGCUUCAUUGCUCAUGCCGCCAACGCAUCGCAGUGCCAAGUGACGCCAGCAGCGGCCAUCUUGCGUUGCCCUUUGCUAACUAAGUGUGCCUAACUUGGAUGCAUUGAUUUCUCCCAUGUUUUCUUUCUGUCUCUUUGGAGGAAAUGGCGCAGCAUGUGGCUGUACGGUUACAGAGCAAGAAGUCUGGGAGAAGCGCAUCUUGCAAAUUUCAUCCGGAAGAAUGGGAUUAUAAACGGUGUCUCAUAAGCCCGUAGAUGCUGCUGCUGAUGAGGGCAUCGUUGCAUCCAGCCAUGCCGCAGUGAUGCUGCAGCGGGCGUGUUGUCUUCCUCCUCACCAGCGGCGGCGGCGACGGCGGCCGGCCACGCGCGCCUCACCUUGAACCGGGCAGGAGGCGCGGGGGGAGGCGGCGUUGGAGUGCGGCAAGACGCGGGAGGGUUGGAACCUUUUUUUUUUUUUUUUACACGCGGAUCAUUUCUCACCAUGUGGGGACCAAAACUCCAGUGACCCAAGAACUUGAUCUCACCUUUAGAAUAACGACCCCCAUCAAAGAAAAAACACUUCUGCCGUGACAUCUCAACUCUCGUCAUGAGCGCCCUGGCAGGCAAGCUGGAUCCGCGGCGGGUCCAGUGGGGUGCCAUGUGGCACACCUUUACGUCGCGCGUCCUGAGAACCAAGCCCGUGGAGUCCAUGCUGGACUCGGCCACGUCGGGCACCGGCCCGCACGGCACCCGUCUGGCCCGCGUGCUGUCCACCGUGGACCUGGUGUCGCUCGGCGUGGGCAGCUGCGUGGGCACGGGGAUGUACGUGGUAUCGGGACUGGUGGCCAAAGAGAUGGCCGGCCCCGGCGUCAUCGUGUCCUUCAUCAUCGCCGCCGUGGCCUCCAUUUUGUCAGGAGUGUGUUACGCCGAGUUUGGCGUGCGCGUGCCAAAGACCACCGGCUCGGCCUACACGUACAGCUACGUGACGGUGGGCGAGUGCGUGGCCUUCUUCAUCGGCUGGAACCUGAUCCUGGAGUACCUGAUCGGCACGGCGGCGGGCGCCUCGGCGCUCAGCAGCAUGGCCGACUCGCUGGCCAAUCACAGCAUCAGCGACUUCAUGACGACGCACAUCGGAACGCUCAACGGCUUUGGUAAAGGAGAGCAGUCGUAUCCGGAUCUGCUGGCGCUGCUCAUCGCGCUGCUGGUGACGGCGAUCGUGGCGCUGGGGGUGAAGAAUUCUGUGGGCUUGAACAACGUGCUGAACGUCAUCAACUUGCUGGUGUGGCUCUUCUUGAUGGUGGCCGGGCUUUUCUUUGUCAACGGCGACAACUGGGAACACGGGAGGUUCCUGCCUUUCGGCUGGUCGGGGGUGAUGCAAGGCGCCGCCACGUGCUUCUACGCCUUCAUCGGCUUCGACAUCAUCGCCACGACGGGAGAGGAAGCCAAAAGUCCCAACACGUCCAUCCCGUACGCCAUCACCGCCUCGCUGGUCACGUGUCUCACGGCCUACGUGUCGGUGUCCGUCAUCUUGACCCUGAUGGUCCCCUACGACCAGAUCGACGCCGACGCCCCGCUGAUGGAGAUGUUCGCCGCGCACGGCUGCAUGUUCGCCAAGUACAUCGUGGCGGUGGGCUCCAUCGCCGGGCUCACCGUCUCGCUGCUGGGCUCGCUCUUCCCCAUGCCCCGGGUCAUCUACGCCAUGGCGGGCGACGGCCUGCUCUUCAAGUUCUUGGCCAACGUGUCUUCGUACACGGAGACCCCCGCCGUGGCCUGCGUGGUGUCGGGCUUCCUGGCCGCACUCUUGUCCCUGCUGGUCAGCCUCCGAGAUCUCAUCGAGAUGAUGUCCAUCGGCACGCUGCUGGCGUACACUCUGGUGAGCCUCUGCGUGCUCCUGCUGCGUUACCAGCCCGAGGGCGACAUCCACGGCCUCGUCAACUUCCUAUCCGAGGAGCAGAACGUCAAGAGGAAGGAAGGCGUCCUGGCCGAGUGCGAGAAGGACGCCUGCUCGCCCGGCCGCGACGACGCCGACGAGACCACCAACACGUGCGGCGCCAAGAACCUGCCCUCCCUGGGCGACAACGAGAUGCUGAUCGGCAAGCCCGACAAGAACGCCUACGCCGCCGGCCACCCCAACUACGGCACGGUGGACAUGGGCAGCGGCAUCGAGGCCGAGGAGUCGGAAGGCGGAGCCGCGUGGCGGCUCAAGAAACUACUGGGGCCCCGCUACUACACCCUGAGGAUUCGAUUGGGACUCCCGGGGAAGAUGGACCGGCCCACCGCCGCCACGGGGAAAACUGUCACCGUGUGUGUGCUGUUGCUUUUCAUUUUCAUGUUCGCUUUCUGCUCCUUUAUCAUAUUUGGCGCGAGCAGCAUCGGGGAAGCUCGCUGGUGGGCUCUGCUCCUCCUGAUCUUGUUGGUGGGGGCGCUGGCGCUGCUGGUGGUCAUCAUCCUGCAGCAGCCGGAGAACCCCAAGCGGCUGCCCUACAUGGCGCCCUGCGUGCCCUUCGUGCCCGCCUCCGCCAUGCUGGUCAACAUCUACCUCAUGCUCAAACUCUCCGCCAUCACCUGGAUACGAUUCUCCAUCUGGUGUCUCGUCGGAGUGCUCAUCUACUUCGGCUACGGCAUGUGGAACAGCACCUUGGAGAUCACGGCCCGGGAGAACGAGGUGCACGCUUCCACCUACCAGCGCUACGACCAAGGCGUGGACGAGGGCUUCUGCGGCUUCGACGACGAUUUCUACCCGCCGUCCGAGGUGGCGUCGGGCCCGGCGGGCAGAGCGCCGCAGGCCCAGCCCGAGAGCGAUGGGACGCCCGUUCACAAGGCCGGCGCCGCCCCGGUGGAGGAGGACCCCGUGGAUUUCUGAAGGGACGGCGGGAUUUUUUGACCUGCCUCGAGUGGUGGGCCGAGCGGGAGUUUGGUGGCAAGUGUGCAUGCCAGCAUGUGGGUGGGUUGUUGUUCGUGUGUGGAUUCCGUGGGCUACGUUGCCAAUCCCCCCCCCCCCCCCCCACCACC